GUGUACCACCUCAAGCAGCCGGUCGCACCAUGCCGAAGCAAAUCCACGACAUCAGGGACUUCCUGCAGAAGGCUCGCCGCCGCGAUGCCAAGUCUGUGAAGAUCAAGAACAACAAGGCGACUCACUCAACCAAGUUCAAGAUCCGCUGCUCCAGGUACCUGUACACCCUGUGCGUCACCGACAAGGAGAAGGCCGACAAGCUCACGCAAUCGCUUCCCCCCGGUCUGCACAAGAAGCUGCUCAAAUGAUAUAUCUCAUCCGUCUCGCUUAGACUGGAUUCGUCUCAAGGCUUCCUUGCUUCCUGAUGACGGGGUUCACUUUGCUGCCGGGACCGGACCUCUCGAAUCGAUCGGUUUCGUCUCUCUGCUGUGUUGGCUCUAGGAUGGGAGGGAAGGGGGGGAUGUUCAUCUCCAAUCGACCCCUUGUUGUCACUUGCGUGAUUAUGCACGGGCUCGCGCCCUUUCUUUCUCGCGUGCGGAUGUGGCGGGAUAGCGUUGGCACUGCUUGUGUUGGAAGUGGCUGGGAUGUUGAAGGUUGCUCGGUUGGUGAUGCUGAGCAUUUGAAAUUUGGGAUUUUAAGGGAGGUGCUGAGCUGACUGCUGCUCUCGAAAAAAUAUGAUUUUUUUCAAACACAGCGGGUUUGUUUCCAGUCAUUUAUGGCGGGUUCAUCGUAUUGCUGCUGCACCAAAGGUGCGCAUGCCUCAGCUGCAUGCUAGCAGCAUCACCGCGCCUGUGUGCGCCGAGCGAACUGACUGGCAGUGCGAGCGGUGGUCGUGCUCUCGACGACGCGCAUGUGUGUGUUUCAAAGUUUUAUUCGUCUGCCAUCACCACACGCCAUCAUGCUUUUCGCCACGUACCUGUGUGGUGAUAUUUUCCCUCAUCCCCACAGCAAAGGACGGCGAUCCGG